AUGCCCAACAAGGUGUAUUUCAAACCAUCUCUCCUUCCAACCGGAAUGUUGGAAAUUGCGGUUGAACUGGAUGAUCUGGAUGGCACUCCAGUGCAUCUACAGUGGUUGGAGCCAGAUGAAUCAGCAAAGACGUUAGGUAUCCUGAUGCCCCCCUGCUCCAACCGGAAAGCACAACUUGUGGUGAUGAAGGGGAAAGCAAAAGCAUGGGCGGAUCAGAUCCAACCUAGCUUCCUCCACAGAUACGAUGUCCUCCCUCUCCUUCGCACCACAAUCCAGAAGACUUUGGAGUACCCCAUGGCGCUCACCUUCUUCUCUCAGCAGGAGUGGGACCAGAUACUAUCCCCAGUGCUCAGGGUGACACUUCCAAAGGCUGGUAUCUGCCGCAACUUUUCUCGGGCUAUGGUCGAUGCCCCCAUUGAACUCCAAGGAGUCGGUGUUCCUUGUCCGUACAGUCUCCAAGUCACUAAGCAAUUGGACGUGCUACUUCACCAUCCUGCCAAUGAGACAAAGACGGGCGCUUUCUUGGAGGCAGUCAUUCAGGCACACCAGCUUGAGACUGGUACCUCCUACGGCCUCUUCCAACAAGUCUAUGCAAACACCUUUAUUCUGGCGUCUGACACGUGGGCAAAGCGGACCUGGAGUGAACCCUGA